AUGGCUUCUGAAUUACACAGUUCUGUCGACCCCCAAGAGUGCUCUGAGGAGAAUAACAUAUCAGAAGGAGCCGACUCAGCAAUUGCCUCUUUCAUAGAGAAAAACUCGAAACUUCCCAAAGCUCCUUCUUGCGAACGAAUUCCCUGCCCUGUCGUUAUCCCCCAGCGACGACCCGGCAACAAACAGCGAGGGUUCAUGAAGGCGUAUGCUCCAAUACUAUCCCAGAACGGCAUCAGCCAAGAACACUUUCAUGAUUUCAUCGACGCUUUGAACAAAGCAGUUCAGUCCUCUAAGUGGAUUGCCGCUGUACAAAUUGCAGCAUUUGGGGCCGGAUUCGUGCCAAAUCAAAUUUCCAUGGGCGCGACAGCGGCGGUGCAGAUAGUAUCGGCCGUCGCUGCAAAAGCACAAAUACGAUGGAAGGUGAACUCUUUCAUAGAUAGAGCCAAUCGAGAACUAUUUGCUCCUCGAGGGCUUUAUUGCAUGAUCGUGACAUACAACCCUCUCCCACAGCAGGAGCAGGAAGAAAUCAAUAAGUCGAUAAAGAGACCUUCGACCGGCGGGGCCUCCGGAUCAUCUCGAGUCAAAUGGCCGCAAAAAAUCAGGGAAAAUUUACGCGACCCCUUCUCUGUUACUACGGAAGGAGAGCAAAACUUGCCCGUCGAGAUUGCACCCUUGGUAUUCGCAGACGAUGAAGAUAGGAGGGUUCAAAUACAAUCCAAGGACAAACCUUGGACCAAGUUGAAUGACUACUUUGAUAAGCGCGCACGGGCAAGAUAUGCCAGCGAAAGUGAUCAGGACGCAUUAUCAUCAGCCCCCAAUCCCAAGUUCAAACAUCGACUCCUUGAUCCGAACCACCCGGCGAGCAACGGAGGUCUUCUGGGUUUGAUCUCAGGUGGACGUCUGACAAAAGACCCCAAAAAGGCCAUGGAAGAAGCCAAAGACAUGCUCCAGCAGCAGGAAAGACGCAUGAUUGAGCAACAAAAUAGUCAAUUGGAGCAUCUCCGCAGUCAGUGCCAAGCCAGGGGCUUCUCCGAACAACAACAGCGUGAGUAUGUUGCAGCCUAUGAGCUGCAGUUCCAGCUGCAACAAGAGCAGCUACAAUCUCAGGCAAAGAGAAUGGAAGUGAUGCCCAGAAAAAUUAUGCGGAACAUUCUUUAUCUCAUGGUCGUUAACCUCCCAACCGAGGAAGAAGUCGAGGCAGCUAGAAUGGUGACGAAGAAGAAUGAGGAAGAUGACAAUAGCAGUGGAAGCUUAGUCAAUAUGGUCAAUGUGCAGUAA